GGGAAGGCGACACUCGCUCGGCGCCGCCUUCGUGCAGAGCGACCAGGAGGGUUUUGCAGCGGCCGCCGCCGCCGCGGCGGGAGGAGGGGUGGAGGUGGCUUCGGAGUUGUCCGGAGAAGGUGGGCAUUUCUCGGCUUUCCCACCCCCUCCCCUAGCCUCCCCCCUCCCCUGGUUUUCCCCUCCCUCCUGCCCCGCACCCCACGUGAAGCGGAAUAUAAAGGGGGGUGUGAGGCUAGAGGGGAAAGUGAAUGGUGAAGGACUGAAGGGGUUCCCCCUUCGGGUCCCCGGCUGUUCUGUUCACCCUCGUUCAUCCUCCCUUCCCGAAGCUCGCCCUCGAAGGCAGAAGCGACCGGCGCCUUCGGCUGAGAAGGAGGAGGAGGAGGAAUCGCGCCGGGCGGAGCGUCAGGUCCCGUUUUCCUCCUCGGCGUCCUGAAUACAAAGAUUACGGUGCAGAAGGAAAUUGCACUCGCCUCCUCCGCCCCCCGGUACCCAACACAAUGCACCAGCCGCCCGAGUCCACUGCCGCCGCGGCCGCGGCUGCGGCCGCUGCAGACAUUAGUGCUAGGAAGAUGGCGCACCCGGCAAUGUUCCCUCGAAGGGGCAGUGGUGGUGGCAGCGCCUCUGCUCUCAGUGCAGCAGGUACCGGCGUUGGUAGUAGUGCCCCAUCUUCCGAGGAUUUUCCGCCUCCGUCGCUGCUCCAGCCGCCACCUCCUGCAGCAUCUUCUCUGUCGGGACCACAGCCUCCGCCUCCACAAAGCCUGAACCUCCUUUCGCAGGCUCAGCUGCAGGCACAGCCUCUUGCGCCAGGCGGAACUCAAAUGAAAAAGAAAAGUGGCUUCCAGAUAACGAGCGUGACCCCGGCUCAGAUCUCCGCCAGCAUCAGCUCUAACAACAGCAUCGCAGAGGACACCGAAAGCUACGACGAUCUGGAUGAAUCUCACACAGAAGAUCUGUCGUCUUCCGAGAUCCUUGAUGUGUCACUUUCCAGGGCUACCGACUUAGGGGAGCCUGAACGCAGCUCCUCAGAAGAAACUCUCAAUAACUUCCAGGAAGCCGAGACACCUGGGGCAGUCUCUCCCAACCAGCCUCCCCUUCCUCAGCCUCAUUUGCCUCACCUUCCACAACAGAAUGUUGUGAUCAAUGGGAAUGCUCAUCCCCACUCCCUCCAUCACCACCCUCAUAUUCAUCAUGGGCACCACCUCCAUCAUGGGCACCACCAUCCAUCCCAUGCCGGUGUGGCCAGUACACCCAUUCCGGGAGGGCCGCCCUCAAGCCCAGUAUCCAGAAAACUGUCUACAACUGGAAGCUCUGACAGUGUUAUGCCAGUUGCACCAACUUCUGCCGUAUCAUCGAGUGGCUCACCUGCAUCUGUAAUGACUAGUAUCCGUGCUCCGAGUACAAGCGGCAGUAUAGGUAUAAAUUCUGUUACAGGCACUAAUACGAUGAAUAAUGUCAGCAUUACGGCUGUGGGUGGUUUUAAUCCUAACGUGACCAGCAGCAUGCUUGCUAAUGCUAAUUUAAGCGCGAGCAGCGUUCCCAGUGCUGCCGGUGUGAGCGUUGGGCCUGGAGUGAGCAGCGGUGUUAACGUGACUCUCUUGAGCGGCCUGGGCAACGGUACGAUUUCGUCCUCCGCUCUCAUUAACAGCGCUGCCAGUGCAGCUGCAGGGAUGACUGUAGGAUCAGUUUCAAGUCAGCAGCAACAACCGACAGUGAACACGUCCAGGUUCAGAGUUGUGAAGUUAGAUUCGAGCUCUGAGCCCUUCAAAAAAGGUAGAUGGACUUGCACCGAGUUCUAUGAAAAAGAAAACGCCGUCCCCGCCGCCGAAGGGGUGGUGAUCAAUAAAGCAGUGGAAAGCGUAAAACAAAACCCGACAGAAGUGACUUCUGAGAGGGAGAGCACCAGCGGGAGCUCAGUAAGCAGUAGCGUCAGCACCCUGAGUCACUACACGGAGAGCGUGGGGAGCGGAGAGGUGGGAGCCCCGGCUGCCGUGCUGCAGCAGCCGCCCGCUCUUCCAGGUGUCGCCCUCCCGCAGAUGGACUUCAGUAGCGCUGCUCCGGCGGGCAUUUCAGCAGUUAGUCUACCGCAGAGUAUUUCUCAGUCACAGAUCUCGCAAGUACAGUUACAGCCUCAAGAACUGAGCUAUCAGCAGAAGCAGGGUCUUCAACCAGUACCUCUGCAAGCCGCUCUCAGUGCUGCAGCUGGUGUCCAGCCAUCACCUGUGAGCGUGGUGGGUGUAACUUCAGCUCUAGGUCAGCAGCCUUCCGUUUCCAGCCUGGCUCAGCCCCAACUGCCGUAUUCUCAGGCGGCCCCUCCGGCGCAGGCUCCCCUGCCAGGCACACCACCCCAGCAGUUACACUAUGGACAGCAGCCGCCGGCUCUUUCCACACAGGUGGCCCCAAGCCACGGUCUGUCAGUGACUCCGAAUCCUGCUUCCGAGUAUGUUCAGCAGCAGCCGAUUCUGCAAACGGCAGUGUCCUCCGGACAGCCCACUUCUGCGGGGGUGGGAGCAGGAGCCGCGGUGAUUCCUAUGGCUCAGCCACAGAGCAUCCAGCUGCCAGCGCAGCCCGCAGCAGUCCAGGCGCAGCCCGCAGGGGCAUCUGGCCAACCUGCUGGCCAGGCGCAGACGGCAGUAUCUGCUGUACCUCCUGGCAGUCAAAUUGCAAAUAUUGGUCAACAGACAAACCUACCUACAGCAGCGCAGCAGCCCUCUACCCAAGUCACACCUUCAGUUAUCCCGCAAGGUGCUCCUCCGUCUUCACAGAUAGUUCCACCCGCUCAAGCUGCGAUUCUUCAUCAGGGAGUUCAAGCUAGUGCUUCAGGCCUCCCUCAACAGUUGGUCAUUGCACCCCAGAGUACCUUGUUAACUGUGCCUCCCCAGCCGCAAGGAGUAGAGUCAGUAGCUCCAGGAGUUGUUUCGCAGCAGUUGCCUGCAGUUAGUCCUUUGCCCUCUGCUAGUAGUAUUUCUGUUACGAAUCAGGUUAGUUCAGCUGGUCCUUCUGGAAUGCCUUCUGUCCCAACAAACUUGGUUCCAUCACAGAAUAUAGCACAAGCCCCUGCCACUCAAAAUGGUAAUUUGGUUCAAAGUGUUAGUCAGCCUCCCUUGAUAGCAGCAUCUAAUGUAAAUUUGCCUUUGGCGCAGCAGAUACCACUAAGUUCUACUCAGUUCUCUGCACAAUCAUUAGCUCAGGCAAUUGGAAGCCAAAUUGAAGAUGCCAGGCGCCCAGCGGAACCCUCCUUAGUUGGCUUACCUCAGACUAUCAGUGGUGACAGUGGGGGAAUGUCAGCAGUUUCAGAUGGGAGUAGCAGCAGCCUAGGAGCCUCUGCUUCUCUUUUCCCGUUGAAGGUGCUACCGCUGACGACACCCCUGGUGGAUGGCGAGGAUGAGAGGUAA